GAUUUCACGCAGCCAUUUCAACCGACCGCCAGUUUCCACCGAGAGGAAGAGCGAGCUUUUCAGCCAUGGCUUCCACUUCCAGGGAUCCGCCUCCGCCGUACCCCAGUGCUGCUAGAAUUUCUGAUUCUCCUUGUUUUCUCCAGUACAGUGCUUCCCUGAAAUGUCUUGAAGAACAUAGCUCAGAGAGGAGCAAAUGUCAAGAACAUUUUGAUGUUUACAAGGAAUGCAAGAAAAAAGAGCGGGAAGCUCGAUUGGAACGCAACAAGAAAAGGUCUUUCUUCUCAUGAAGAAAUCAUCUUCAGGCAUAUUUCUUGAUGUUGAAGUAUUUAAGUUUAAUAUGUUGUGCCGUCUACACACGUUUAUAACCUUUUUGUAGCAGUUAGAUUUAUCUAGUGCCUCGUUGAGCCAAUGCCUUAGACUAUAUUGCCCAUUUGCCAUUGGGCGUUUAUUAAUAAAAGAUACAUCUUCAUAUUCAAUCA